GCGUUACUGUGUAAGUGGUGGACCAUUCGUCGCACAUCUUUCUCGGAACUCUAGUGUACGUGUUGUUUCCAGGCUGACCCCAGCAUCACCAAUGAGACCGUAGUCGUAUUUUAGUAGCCAAACAAGAGUUGGAUGGAUCGGACGCAUUACUCAAAACAGUGUUCAAUGAUGUUGCUUCUAGGCUUUCUGAUAACGUUAUCAGCAUUCAACUCCACUUUUGCCGCGUGCCGUAUUUAUUUGAAUGGGAAUCUAACACAAGACCACGUCCCACUGUUUCUUCAUGCUUCGGGCGGUGAGUAUAAGCUCCUUCACCCAUUAGGGGCAUAUUUCGAGUGGCGUAAAUCACAGAAAGUACUUCUUGGAUGUUCUUCAAUCAAAAACGUUCUUGUUGACACUGAAUCAUCGCAUACUAGUAUCACAUGUGUCGAAGGUCAGAGGUUUCGUCUACAAAACUCCACGAUAGUUAAAUCGUUCACCGAUAUCAGAUGCAAAUCGACAGUAUCGAGUUCUUUAAAACCUCGAAAUAGCGAAUGCGCCAACGGCAAAGGUCGAGUGUACGAUGUGGGAUUCGAAGUGAACGGACUGCCUUUCACCAAAUAUUUCCACAUUUGCUAUGAUAACGACAAAUCUUCAGCAAUAUAUAGCGAACAUUCUCUGCCUGGAAAGAGCUUGAAUUAUGCGGAAAUCAAUAAUAACCGUCCAUCGUUUAAACUCGGAGGGAUAACAUCAAAAGUGAGAUUAGCGUCUGUUUAUACACAGAAUCACCAGUAUGAUCGAUUUGAGAAGGCUUUAGGCUCGUCAGCGGAAGCAUCACGAUACAUCAACUCUUCCUCAUACCUAGCUAAAGGCCAUCUAACUCCGGAUGGUGACGCAAUUAUAAAUAACUGGGCAGCAGCAACUUACUUUUUCAUAAACGUAGCUCCACAGUGGCAAAUUAUCAAUGCUGGCAACUGGUUACGUGUUGAAAAUGCAGUCCGGAAAGUAGCGAUCCGGCUAAAUGACACCGUACGCAUCAUCACUGGAGUGCAUGGUAUACUCGAGCUACCAAAUACCGAAGGUCGACAAGUUGCUAUUAGUUUAAGUGAGAACGGUUUAGUUGAAAUCCCAAAGUGGCUAUGGAAGGUCGUAAUCCACGAGCCCAGCAACUCCGCAGUUGUCUUUAUCACCUUGAAUAAUCCUUUUGCAAACGCAUCUGAAACCUUAUGCAAAAACAUAUGCUCUUUACAUGGUUGGCACCAAGCAGAAUACCUGGAUUAUCGAAAAGGCUUCACGUACUGCUGUAGUUUAAUAGAUGCUCGAAAAGCUAUUCACUCUCUAUCUUUUACAAACAAUACAUCAAACAUUUUAGAACCAUAAAACAAUGGUUUAGCCCACAAUUCAUAUAAUGUGCAAGAAUAACAAAACAUAUAAUUAAUAGAAAUGCCAUCAUAAAGCAUUAAAUAUUUUUCAAGGAAUCAAUUAAUCCUUAUUUCAAUCGUGGCGUAUUGUUACUAGAUUGUUGAAUUGCUUUUUCUCCCUAAUCGUUAUCAUUCUUUACAUGAGUGGGAGGAAUAAUCCAGAGUGUUGUAGAUAGAAAUUGUUCCAUUGUUGCUGGAAAUUACCAAGUAAUAUUGCACAUAUAUCUUCUGAUGUUUUUACAUUUGGCAUAAUAGAGCAUUGUGGAGUUCGCUUUUAAGGAUAAUCCCUCCCUUGAUUCCAUUUUCAACCCAUUGUCAACAUAGUUUCUCAAACCUGAGAAAUGAAUCUAUGGGCGAAGAAGCUUUCUAGAAACAUAAGCUUUACGUCGUUUUGAUAUAAGAGUUUUUUUUUCUACAUGUGUAAGAACGGGCGAGCCGUAUAUUUGGAGUGUAUGUUGAGUGUUAUAGAAUUUGCUGCACACGUUAAAGUUUUGACAUAUUGUUCACCUAUUAUCAUACAAAACUGGAAUGUUUGUGAAAAUGUUUGCUGAAAUUGAUAUUAUUACAUAUUACAUCGGUGCAUAUAGGAACUAUGAGUUAUAUAUUUUCAUCUUACUCUCAUUUCUCCGUUUCUUCUACCGUGACUAUCGUGACGUAAAUGCAUCAAUUGAUUUUGUAUUAAUAUAUUUCGUGUUUUCUUCCCUGUACAACCUUCCUCAAUCUACAUCUGGCAAUAAAGAAAUUGCAUUUCUUAACA